AUGACGAUAGUAUAUGCCUCUAUUUUGGAACAGAAUUACACGACAACAUGCUCCGGAGCAUAUUGGGCAGUGAAUUUACUCCAGAUCCCAAUAGCUGUAGGAAUGAGCGCAUACCAGGCGAUGAGACUAUACAAAGGGCAGAGAAGCAUAGCAUCAAAGGGUGAUCAACAACCACGUUGGAGUGUGUGGAAGUUAAUUGUAUUCUGUUGUUGUGGCACAGUUGCUGGCACACUUGCUGGUUUGUUAGGCCUUGGUGGAGGAUUCAUCUUGGCACCCCUUUUCCUUGGAAUAGGAAUCCCUCCUCAGGUGGCAAGUGCUACAUCCAUUUUGGCAAUGGCAUUUUCUGCAUCUAUGGCUGUGGUGGAAUAUUACCUUCUCAAACGUUUCCCUGUUCCUUACGGUAAGUAUGCACGAAUGAAUGAAUGCAAAAUGUGCUGAAUGACAGAGUAAUUUGCCUACUUCCAAGAGAAUGUGCUUAGUACCAUAUAAUUUGAAUGGACUAGGAGAAGCUUAUAAUGAAGCAAUAAGUUGUGAUAUUUAAUGGAGAUUAUAAUGUUAAAGUUUGGAUAUGGUGUUGCAGCCCUUUGCUUGGUAGGUGUAGCGACUGUAGCUUCACUUGUUGGACAGUAUUUGGUGAGAAAGGUGGUUGCCUUAUUGGGGAGAGCAUCUGUUAUCAUUUUCAUUCUAACCUUCACACUUUGUGUCAGUGCAGUUUUACUAGGUAAGUGUAAGAUUGUUUCAUUUGCAGAGUGUGUUAGUGCAGUUUUAUGAGGAAAGUGUAAAAUGGUUUUAUUUGGUGACAUGAC